AUGUGACAGCUGAGGCGGUAGGUGUAGCUAUUGCUGCACCUCCGUCAGAAGGGGAGGCAAAUGCAGAGCUGUGUCGCUACCUCUCUAAGGUGCUAGAAGUGAAGAAGAGUGAAGUUAUUUUAGAGAAGGGUGGUAAAUCACGUGAAAAAGUGGUGAAGAUUUUGAUAUCGAUGACACCAGAUGAGAUUUUAGAAAAACUGAAAAAAGAAGCUUCCAGCUGA